ACAAGAAGCCCAUUUAUUAUUAUACAAAAAUUAUAAAAAAGCUGAUGUAUCCCAUAGUUGUUAAACAAUAGUGGUGGGGAUAUGGGAUACAUCAGAAUUUUUGUAAUUUUUGUGUAAUAAUAGAUGGGUUUCUUGUUAAUCAUCUCUCUCCACUAGUGGUUUAGGUAGUUGUGUGCGUUCAGGCACCUUAUAUAUAUAUUAGUCAUUUAAAAACUACUGCCUUCUAUUUGUUUGUGAAAAUGGUUUGUUGCCUGGCAUAGGAGGCAGAAGGGAGCACUUUCAGCUAGCUGAAGCCCACUUUUGCCUUAAAGAAAAGUACUGCUUGAAAAAAAGUAUAAAACAAUAACAAAGCAGAUCAAUGGCAUUAAAUUCUGCUGACUUGGUUGCGUUUUGCUUUGUUUCUACUGUGUGUGCGUGUGUGCGCACGCAAGCAUGCAUACAUGCAUGCAUGUGUGUAAGGCAGCUAGGCAAAAGAGGACCAACCUACGCAUAUCUGAAUGAUAGCUCUGUAGAUUGAUCCUAUUGGGGACCAUUCAAAUUCUGAAUACAAUUAGAUGAGGAAGCAUCUAUCCUUGGGUCUCUGUGUUGAUACUGAGUGAGACCGCCCAAGUUAGAGGCAGCACUUUCCACAUCUGUGAGCAAAAAAGUCUAUGUUCUCUUGGCAGUGCCUGCUUUCACCUUUUUGUCUUGCCCUUUUGAAGGCCCUUUCUAUGGCACUUUGAUGAAGCAGCCUUGCAAAUAAGUCCACAAAACCUGCUAGUAGAGCUGUCACUUAGAGGAAUGUUAGUCAAUUAAUCACGUGAGUUUUAAGUCACUUGAUUUGAUUUUAAAGUGGCAUAAAUUUGCAUAUGAAUAAAGCAAUAGUACUUUCUUUGUUCUGAGGUGAUGCAUGCAGGCAAGAGGGAGGUGCAGAAUCCAUCCCAUUUGUUGCAUUUUUAAAAAGAAAUGAUAGCAGUGUAAUCGAGAUGGCAAGCACGCCCCUCUGCUCCCCUUUUUUUUUAAAGCCCAAGGAUUUAAACCUUAAGCAUGCAUAUCUAGUAUAGAGGCAUACUAAAUUGUAUAGUCCGUCACUCUGUGCACAACCAUUUAUUUAUUUAUUGCAUUCAUAUCCCACCUUUUUUCCUCCAGGAACCCAAGGCAGCAUACAUAAUCCUCCUCCUCUCCUUUUUAUCCUCUCAACAACCCUGUGAGGUAGGUUGGGCUGAGAGUCUGGGACUGGCUCAAAGUCACCCAGUGGGUUUCCAUGGCCGAGUGAGGACUAGAACCCAGAUCUCUCGAUUCCCAGUCCAACCCUUUAGCCACUACACCACUGAGUUGUCCAUAGAUAGUCCUUCCUGAAACACUGAAGGGGGGGGAUCUGUUUCAUUCUCCCCGUUCCUAACAGGCAGUCCUGAAAUGCACAUGAAAGAAGGGAGUGGAGUGUGGGUUAGGGUGUGGGCCCUUAGAGUCAUGCAAUACGAUAUGGUUGGGAGGGUUACAAAAGCUUACUGCAAGUAGGCCACAUGGCCACACUGGCUACUAAGCCUUUGUUAUCUCUCCUGACCCAUUGUCUCUAGACUCCAGUGGAGUAAACACAAAGAUGCAAGAUGGGUUGUUUUCAGAAGACUUCAUCUGGGGAUAGGAAAGAGGAGACAGUUCAACACCAGGUGCAGACGAUGUGCAGCUCCAGGCGGAUACUGCUGCUCGCACUCACCUUCCUGGCCUACACGGUUGAUUCUGUCUCUGCAUAUGGCCCAGCGGAAACUCUCUGUGGCGGAGAGUUGGUGGACACAUUGCAGUUUGUCUGCGGGGACCGAGGUUUUUACUUCAGUAGGCCUGUGGGCAGGAACAGAGGACGGCUCCACCGUGGCAUAGUGGAGGAAUGCUGCUUCCGGAGUUGUGAUCUUAACCUCUUGGAAACUUACUGUGCAAAAUCGGUCAAAUCAGAGCGAGAUGUCUCAUCGUCUUCUCUUGUAGUCUUACCAGCACUAAACAAGGAUUCCUUUCAAAAGCCCUCUCAUGCCAAGUAUUCAAAAUAUGACAUAUGGCAGAAGAAAAGCUCACAGCGCCUUCAGAGAGGGGCGCCCAACAUCCUCCGUGCCCGCAGGUAUCGAUGGCAAAGCGAAGGACUGCAAGAGUCUGAGGAAUCUAAGGUCCAUCGCCCCUUAGUUGUCCUGCCUACCCAGAAGCCUCUUGUUGUUCAAACCACCUCAGAAACAUCAGGCAGCCAGAAGUGAACUGCAUUGAACAAUUUGUAAACUGGAUUCUUUCUCGUUUUUUGGCUUCCCAGUCUCAUGGGAGGUAUUUCCCUGGCCUGGCCCUACCCUUUUCUCUCCCCACAAACCAAUGUGGAGGGAGGGAGGGCAUAUGCCCUUUCACACCAAGGAGCAACAACAACAAAAACCGGGGCACCAUAACACCAAACAGCUGGCAUAGAAAGAACGGGAUUACAACUUCGGCGGUGGCAGCAACAUUUCUGUGGCAUUGUCUUUAAUUUUUUUUUAAAUCUAUUCGUUGGUAUUGUUCCUUUCCUACCCAGUAUUUCAGCCUUUACUUAAAAGGGUCAGUUAAGGCACUUGAACUAUUUAAUAUUGUGCCCCUGCCUUUCAGUCUAUAUACCAACCAAUGAAGACAGAGCAAGAGAAGAGAAUGACACUGAAAGAAACCCAGUUUGUGUCUGUAUUGACAAUAAAAGUGAAAGCGGGGUGGGGGGGGAUGAGAUCUGAGGGUUUUAAAUUUUUGGCCUCACUUCCACCCCAUUAUAUUGUUUAAGAAGUCACAACUUAGUCUACAGUAUGUGUUUGAGGGUUUUGUGUUUUGUUUUGCACGUUUUAAAAGCCAGAGAAGAAAUGAGGCCCACUACCUUUUCCAAAUGUACUUGCACCUUUUAAAAAUCACCGAUGAAGUGAAAGAGAGAGCGAGAGUGUGUGAAUGUAGGUUCACUUUAAUGGAGGCGGCGUCUGCAUUGCACAUUUGCCACAGAUUUAGUUGAAUUAUAUAAAUAUAUAUUAUAUAUAACAUUUUUUUGUUUUUGGCAGAAAAGCACUAUUUUUAAUGGGACCAUUUUGUGUGUGUGUAUGUGUGUGUAGUAACUGAAGAGGGAUUGUAAUGUUUAAAUAUUGUUAUGGUGCUAAUGUAAGUUGGAAGGGGGAAAACGAACCCAGAAAAUUACGAGAGGGUGGGGUGGGAAGGACAAGAUCUCGAAUACUGAACUUGAAAUUUUUAGCUUUUCGUUUUAGGAAAGUGUGAUAAGUGUGUUCCUUUUUUUUUUCUCUUCUGAAAUAUAGCUUGGUCAUGACCAUAUGAGCUAAUUGCCUUUCACUCAUAUACAUAAAAUGCACGCACAUGCAGAAACACAAAAUCACCUAUAUGCAUUUAGAUCAGAAUAAUUUUCCCAUCCUUAAGUCACUCUCUGAUAUCCAGAACCUAGAGCAUGCCUACUGCAAAGGCAUAUGCAUGUGCUUUGUGAGUUUUCUCAUUCAGUUUUGUGGAACUAUUCACUGUACAUAGAGCACCCAUUGGCCUUUGCAGCAUGAGGGUCCCCAUUCUGUCAUUUUUCUGUCUGCCACCUUCUCUGUGAUCUGGUGCCAUUUUCUCAGUUACAUCUUUCAAGUUUGGCAAGAGCAGAAAUUGUCGUCCAAAUGAGCCUCUCUUGGAGGGGUAGCUCAAAUGACUGCUUACCUUGCUGCUUCUUUUGCUUCCUUCCUCCUUGUCAAAAAGGGAAGGUACAGUUCUUUUGAGGGCUCUCUCUUGUGCACCCCAUAAUGGCAGCAAUAACAGAUAACCACUUUAAAAGUUCAUGUUUUCCUCCUCCCUACUAGAGGGAGGGAAAGCUGCAAAGGGGAAGGAGUAGAGUAAGGUAAUAAACCUGGAAGAAAGGUUGGUCCUCUUCACCACCUCAUAUUUCUUGAGCUUCAAGGGAGGCUUAGCUCUUCCUCAUCCCCUUCCUUGGGAGUGCAAAGCCAGAAUCUGAGUUGAUGUAUAAGGGGUAGGAAAGUGAGUCAAGCCAAUUGUGUUUGCUUGAAGCCUAGGAUUUGACUGGAGAAGUGUGCAGAAGAUGGUAUAAUAGUAAUGACAUUACAUAAUCGCCUGUCUAUCAACCAUAAAAACGGGAAACACAAUAUCCCUAUCAUAUAUACUCAGUUGCUUAGAAAAAGGGGGGACAUCUAAUCAGUUCUGUACCUGCUUUGCCUUAUAUAUAUAUAUCUAUAUAUAUCUGUACAUUUAAAGGACAUAAAAGAUUACUUGAAUUAUAUUCCUUUUUUUAAAAGCAAGUGUAGGGUUUUUUGGUUGUUUUUAAAUGUGUUAUCAGUUUUGAAAUUGUUACCUUGCAAUCUUGAGCCAUGAAGCCAUUGGGGUGGUGUUUUUUGUUUUAUUUUCCAUGGCACUGCAAAACACUACACAACAAAACCUUAAUCUGUUAUAAAGGAGGGGAAAAUAAAUAAGCCAGUUAUAAAGUUCAGGGGCAGAAAAGGGUGGGUGGGUUAAAAUUUAUAUUUGCAAAUGAAAAGCUUCAAUGGAAGCUCUUUACCAAAAGACCCCACUUUUUUAAAGUAAGAAGUAAAAUAUUCACCUUAGAGUAUUGAGCCUUCUUUAUAGUUGCCUAUGUAUGCUGUGCUAGAGAAGAGAACAGGGAGGAUCAUUUUCUUUUCAAGGCAUAAGAGUGAUGAAAGAGCAAAGGGAAUUUAUAUACAGUCUAGGCUCAGUUUGCAAUAUUCUUAACAAAUCUGGCCCUGCUGUUGCAAAGCAGUUAAGUAAGUGCUCGCUUUGAGCUUAUGGAAUAUUUGUCUCAAGUCAAUGGAAUGUCCAUAAAGUUAAAUACACACUUAAGUAGAGGUAAAGUGUUUUUAUGUUUUACCAAUACUUUUCAGGGGGAGGGGGGGGGAAAUUGGAAAUGUAGAUUCAAGGCCAACUCAAUGAAAAUGUGUGGCCCAAAUUCCAAGGUAAUAAACUUGGACAAGAAGAUUCCUGAAUGUGAUCACCAACGGAGUGCUGGAUAGUACCUUGGCUGGUUGGCUUUCCUUUUCAGGCUGACAAUGCACUCUUUAAGGUUUCAAUCCUAUGCAUGCAUACUUGGGAGUAAGCCCCAUUAAACUGAGUAAUCAUGCAUAUGAUUCAGGCUGCUUGCUUUAUGCAAAACUAGUCAUGGUGCAGGCAAACGAAAUGUGUUCUAGUAUUGGGAUAUUCAAAUACACCAAAGGGAACACGCUCGUUGUUCAGGUCACAUUGGUGCCUUGGAAAUACUAACCUGAGAUAGAUCAAACUGGCCCAAGAGACCUGCAAAAUCUGUACUAAGGCAUGCAGUGUUUGAGUGAGUGGUAUUAGGGUAUGGAUGUCUUCAAGCCUUCCGUUGCAGUGAGCAAAUGCAUAACUGAUUUGGUGAGGUUGCUUGUACCACAAAAAUAACCAUGGAGAUCAACCCCUACUGAAAAGCAACAUUUUACAUGAAAUUACAUGAAAGGAAGAGUGGCUAUAUUUACAGUAGAAAACUGAGCACUAUGAGUUAGGUGUAAAAUAAAUACCGUUAUUGGUGCACAAUUGAUUCUUGGGGCAUUUUUAGUUUAUGAACUAGUAUUUAGUUAUUAUUUUUGGGUAAAGUGGAGCAAACCCACUUUAAAGUGGGCAGACCCACUUUAAAAAACUGAACACAAAAACAUUGCUGGAACAUGUACCGGUCUGUUUUUUUCCACCCAUCUGGUGCAAAGCGGCUGCACUUGUGGGAAGGAGCAUGGUUUCCCCAACUGGUUCCACUAUCUUACUGUCCCAUAACAAGCUUCAUCCAUUUCAUUCUGCCUGAUUGCAAAGGCUCAGUCUUUUGGUGAUGGACCUAGCUGCCUCUGCACUAAAUGAAGGGAAGAAUUGUAUUUGUUGUUUUAAAAAAACCUGUUGUGUUUGUUUGUGUGUAUGUGUGUGUGUGUGUGUGUUUUGGUUUUGGUUUUAUUUUUUUUGUCAUUGUAUGUAUUUUUGUCUGCUCAAGUUUUAUAUGAUGGGGAGGGAGUGGGGAAGGGGGCGGGAAAUGGGGAUUGAUGUAUCUUGAAAUAUUUCACUUGUGUGCACUCAAUAUGCAAGAGUCAAACUGCCCGGAUUCUGCACCUAUUGUACUUUUCAUUCGUAAUACAGUAUCAAUAAAGCAAUCAGUUAUAAUGUA